AUGAGCCACUCCUACUUCCGACUACUCUCUUUUCCCGUCGAGAUACUGGAUUGUAUCUUGCAAGAGCUGGAAGCACGUCACCUUCCAUCCGUCCUUCGAACGAACCAUGAAUUCCACAUGAUCGGAAGUCGUAUCCUCUAUCGCAUCAUCCCGGAAAUGCCCAUCAAUCGUUGCAUACCAUGUCUCAAGGUCCUCUGCCAAUCUCCCACCUAUGCAGUGCUGGUCCGGAAGCUUUGUAUCGACUGGGCGCAGCACAGAGUCGUCUCCAAUCUAUUUCGCCUUCUCCGGGACACCCUUUCACACCUUCCCUCUCUGCGACAUCUCAGCAUCGAGCUCUCGCCACACGAUAACCACUAUGGUCUAGCAUGGGUCCUCGAUGGUUUGCGUGCGCCACUCAGGACGCUCGGCACAUCGAUUCGAUGCGAUGCGCAGCUAGCGGAGGUCCUCGAGACGCAGACCGCCCUCGCUGAGCUCUGUCUGCGCGGCUUCCAGACGAAACAGGCCUUCAUCCUGUCCGACAAGGCGAUGCCGCAACUGCGCUCGUUUCGCGCCGUGCACGCGGGUCCGUCAGUCAUCGCCGCGGUGGUGAGAGGCCGGCCCGUGGAGGGUGUCUCGUUGUCGAUGUUCAUGGAGGACGGCUGCCUUCCUCUGGACUCGCUUCUGCUCUCCACUUCCCCCAUCAAGCGGCUGACGAUCAUGUCGCUCGACCAAACACUCGCGCCGAACGUGCUGCUGCCGGAGAUUGCUAGGCGUCUUCCCCAACUGGAGGCCUUGCAUGUGGUAGUGCUGAUGGCACUCUUUGACACUAAAACACUGCAAGAAUCCGGCCCAUGCCUAUCCAAUUUCUCCGACCUACGCUAUCUAACCUUUAUGGCAGCCGGCUCCGCCUCCAUUGAGGACGAGGGAGAGAUUGCACGGAUAUGGAGCAAGGCGUGCCCAACCCUUCGGACCAUCAUCCUGCCGAAAGGCAAAGUAUGGUUCGAGCGCGACGGAAAGUGGUCGUGCUGCGGAUGA